AAAAAGAAAUCCAAUUAUGUCACUGACCAACCGGUUUAGACCACAAACCAAAUGUCUCUAGAUGGACCGACUACCACGUCAACAUAAAAACCAGUUAGAAACAACCAGCGAAUUGUCAUUUCAUACAAUGUUGUCGAGUUUUAUAUUCGCAGAUAAGUAAAAAGUAAGAUGAUGGGUAGGUACCCACGUGAAAACCAGACCGUACAGUCGUCAAACUAUUGAAGUUCGAGAAGUUUCGAACCCACCCGUUCUCUCUUCGCAUUCAUUGUUCCGGAACUUUCGAAAUCUCUAAGUUGAGAGUACUAUAUUAUUAUCUUUAUCUUAUUUUAAUCAAUUUAAUAUCGUCACUAACUUUCUCACUCUUCUUAUUUAAGCCACCUCGCAUCGCUUACGUGGAGAUUACCUUCCCUCCUUUCCUUCUUCUCUACCCAACUGCCAUCAACGAACUUAAACCGGCCAGCCGCACAAGACCCAUUCUCCUCUAGAUUUUUAUCAAACCAACCCAAGUCAUUGAUCCAAGAUUGUUGUUUUUUUUUUCUUAAUUUUCGAUUUGGGUUUCCAGAACUCGAUGAAUCCGUUUCAGCUCCAAGAAGGUGAUCCACCACCAAAACCAGUCGAAGGGUUGCACGAAGUCGGUCCACCACCGUUUCUAAUCAAGACAUUCGAGAUUGUGGAGGAUCCAAACACAGACCACAUCGUAUCUUGGAACAGAGGAGGCACUAGUUUUGUCGUUUGGGAUUUGCAUUCUUUCUCAACGUUUCUUCUCCCUCGACACUUCAAACACAGCAAUUUCUCGAGUUUCAUCAGACAACUCAACACUUAUGAGCAUACUCAGGGCUUGAUGAUUGGUAGAGGUUCUGUGAUUCACAAUCUAUACAUUCUUGAUCAACAAAUGCUUUCUCCGUCGUUGAACUUCUGUGGAUCCUUGAAGGUUGAUGGUUCUCUUUGGCAUCAACGCCUCGGACAUCCAUCUUCUGCCAAGUUACAACAUCUCUCUGCUGAUAUUGCUUUAGAUAAGUCUUCUUUACUCGAACAUGCUAGUUGUCCUGUUUGUCCAUUAGCUAAGCAACGUCGUUUACCUUUUCCUCAUAAAAAUAACAUGUCUAAGGAACCAUUUGAUCUUAUUCAUAUAGACACUUGGGGUCCUUUUAGUGUUGAGUCUGUUGAGGGUUACAAGUACUUUCUUACUAUUGUAGAUGAUCAUACUCGUGUAACGUGGAUCUAUAUGAUGAAAUAUAAAAGUGAUGUUUCUGUUAUCUUACCAUCUUUUGUUAAGCUUGUGCGCACUCAAUAUAAGGUUAAUAUCAAAAUGAUUCGUAGUGAUAAUGCUCAAGAACUUGCCUUUUCAAACCUGAUAAGAGAGAAUGGUAUUAUGCAUCAAUUUUCAUGUGCUUACACUCCUCAACAGAACUCUGUUGUUGAGCGUAAGCAUCAGCAUCUCUUAAACGUUGCACGUGCAUUAAUGUUUCAAUCUAAUGUGAUUACCAUUGUUCUCUCAUUUCUAUGGAUUCUUCUUUGAAAAACCACUAUGUUGCUAAUAUCAUUUCCUCUCCUUCAUCUGAACCACUCUAUCCACUUUCCUCUGUUCUCUCAUAUGAUAACAUUUCCUUUUCUUUCAAAGAUGCUGUCCUUACCUGUUCUCUUGAGACAGUACCUACAUCUUUUAAGCAAGCCGUGAAGUCUGAGUUUUGGACAAAAGCAAUGAAUGUGGAGUUUGAGGGAAUGGAUCGUAAUGAGACUUUCACUGUUGUUUCUCUGCCCCCGGGUAAAAAUGUUGUGGGUUGCAGAUGGAUUUAUACGAUCAAAUACAAUGCAGAUGGCACUGUGGAGAGACCGAAAGCACGCCUUGUUGCUAAAGGAUAUACACAACAAGAGGGUCUUGAUUACACAUAUACCUUCUCUCCAGUGGCUAAAAUGACUAGUGUGAAGCUUAUUCUCAGUCUUGCAGCUUCA